AUGUCAUCAACACCUCCUAUUCCGAUCCCGAGUGUUGCUGCUGGUAGGAGUAUUGCAUUUGACACUAAUCUUCCAAAUAGUUAUCAUGGAGAUACAGCAACCUCUAAGCAACACAACGGCAACCAUCAUCAGAGAUCAUCAUCAACAGACUCGACCAAUCCAACUUCUACCACUACAACUACUUCAGCAACUACUUCAGCAACUACUUCUUCAAAUACAACUAUAUCAACUACAACGACUACAACAAAAGAUAAAGAAAAACAAGAGAUUGAAAAUUUAAUUAAACUUUAUAGUAAUGGCAAUCAAAAGAUUGAAUCAUGGACAGCCAUAUCACAUCUAUUCAAACAUUUAAUGACUCCAGGUAUAGUUGAUUUCCUUUGUAAUAAAUUAUAUACACUUGAAGAUCAAGAUAUUGAUUUCUUUAUAACUCAACUUUGGUAUUGUAUCAAGAAACUUUUAAUCAAAUCAAAUCUAUUUUUAAUCUCUAAUACUUUUUUUUUCUUUUACAUUUUUAGUGUAAUGUUAACAAAUGAACCAAAUGAUCAAAAGACAAUAUUAUCAUCAUUGGCUAAAUUUGUAAUGGAUCGAUGUGCCAAAUCGAUGAGAUUUGCCAUCAAAUCAUAUUGGAUCUUUCAAGCAUUUGAAGAAGACGGUCAUCGAAAUAUAGUAAACAUCGAGACCAACGCACAAUACCAUCAACAACAACAACAACAACACGCGCAAUACCAACAACAUCAAAGACAACAAAUUACCUCAUCAUCUCCAUCAACCAGUCCAAACGCUACAUCUAAUAAUAACGGACAUUCAAACCAUUUACGUAGAGUAUUAAGUGAUGAUCAUUUAGAACGUGAUCAUCAACUCAAUAAUAAUCAAAAUAAUCAAAAUAAUAAUAAUACAACCGAAUCAACUGUAAAUAAUAAUAAUAAUAAUCAAAAUAAUAAUAAUAGUAAUAUUGUAACAAGUAGUAGUUUUCCAUCAACCAAGAUAUUUAUAAAUGGUGAAAUGUUUUCACCAAUGAUGGAUCCAAACAAUAAUAAUAAUAAUAAUAAUAAUCAUACUUCUACCAUUACAUCAUUUAUACGUACACCAUCAACAUUUGAAUUAAUUGAAGCAAAAAAGGAAUUGGCAACUAGAUUAAGAGAGUAUUGUGAAAUGUCUGUGAUUACAUGUUCACGUCCAUUGAUUACUCGACCUAGAACAUCGUCUCUACCAUCACCUCAUAUACUCGGUUACUCACUUCCCAAUCUUCCUCCACCUACAACUACAUCCCCUGCUCCUUCCCCACCUCCUCCAGCUCCACCUAUUUCUCUACCAUCACCACUACUAGUAGAACAAACAACUCUAACAACCAUUACAUUGGAAGAAAAAGAACAACACACGGAACAAAUGGAACAACCAGAAAUUUUAAUAUCAACAAGUAAUGUAUGUCAAUCCAUUUCAGUUAACCUCUCACAACAAGAGACUGCCAUACAAACUAGCAAAACACCACCAAUCGAAUCGAGUCAACCAGAUUAUGACUUUGAAUUUGAAAUAUCAAAAAGUUAUCGAUGUGAUUAUCUCAAUUCGAUACUUUCCUUUGUUCAAACACUAGGCAACAUUAGUAAAAAGUUGAUUAGUGUACCGAUCGAUCUCCGCCAAGCCAAACUCAAAGAUGAAAUAUCAAUACUAAACAUAAAGUUGCCAUUGGGAUUGUACUUGCCACUGGGUCAAGAGUCAAGGCAUCAUUGCAUCGUUAGAAUACCACCCGAGGAAGUUAAGAUUUUAAAUAGUCGAGAACGUGUCCCCUUUUUAUUGGUACUCGAAAUGAUCGAGGGCGAUGAAGAGGCAUCGGCUGCAAAUAUUCUAAACAUUGUAUCUUCUUAUCUACCAUUUACAGUCAACAAUAGUUCAAUUGUAAAUAGUAAUAAUAGAAAUCAUUUAAAAUUGGAUUUAAUUAAAAAACAUAUUAGAAAUAAUAGUAAUCAAUUAAAUUUAAAUCAAGAUAGAGAUAAAGAAAAGGAAAAGGAGAAAUCACCAACUAAAAUAACUGAAUCAACUACAACUCCAACUGCUACUACGCCAACAACUACUACAGCUACAACUACACCAACUUCUUCUGCUUCUUCUUCUUCUACUUCAUCAUCUACAUCAUAUUCACAUUUUAAUUAUCCAUUUGGUGAAUUAUGGCAAGAUAAAAUGGAGAGGUAUAGAAAGAUAUCACCAUAUGGAGAUUUCCCAAGUUGGAAGAUGGUAUCGGUGAUUAUAAAGACUGGUGAUGAUUGUAGACAGGAACAAAUGGCGGUACAGUUAAUACGAAAGUUUCAAGAGAUUUGGGUAGAGGCCAAACUGCCACUGUAUUUACGCCCGUACGAUAUAUUGGUGACAUCUUCGCAAUCGGGGAUCAUUGAGACUAUUCCCGACACGGUAUCACUACACAACCUAAAAAAGAAUACACCCAACUAUACGACACUACUCGCUUAUUUCAAGUCUCAAUAUGGCGAGCCCCAAACCGAGGCGUUUCGCGCCGCACAAGCCAAGUUUGUAGAGUCACUCGCCGCCUACUCAAUCGUCACCUAUCUACUACAAGUCAAAGACCGACACAAUGGAAACAUCCUACUUGACAAGGAAGGCCAUAUCAUUCAUAUAGACUUUGGUUUCAUUUUGUCCAAUAGUCCUGGCAACAUGUCAUUUGAAAGUGCUCCGUUCAAACUCAUACAAGAUUGGGUUGAUGUGAUUGGUGGAUCGGCUCAAUCCCCCAUGUUCCUUUAUUUCCAGGCAUUGUGUGUACGUGGGUUCCUAGAGGCACGUAAACACUUUGACAAGUUUGUUUCAUUUAUCGAUUUGAUGAUGACCGGUCCACGGAUGUCCUGUUUUCAAGGUGGACGAGACGUUAUCAUCGACCAACUCAAACAACGGUUCUUCCUCGACAUGACCGAACGCGAGUGUGGAAAUCAUGUCGAACAACUCAUCUCUUAUAGUCUUGAUCAUCGUGCCACUCGUUAUUAUGAUUAUUAUCAAUAUUAUUAUAAUAAUAUUUAUGCUUAA